GGCGCGGCGCGGCGCGGGGCGGCAGGUAUCGCUGCCGGCGGAGCGCGCAGGGCCGGGCAGAGCCGGUCCGCUGGGGCCGGCGGGGCCAUGGGGAAGGUGCAGCUCUUCGAGAUCCGCCUGGGCGACAGCCGCGUCGUCUACAGCCCCGGCGAGCCGCUGGCCGGCACCGUCACCGUGCGGCUCUCGGGCUCGCUGCAGUACCGAGCCAUCAAGGUGAGCUGUGUUGGAUCCUGUGGGGUAUCUAACAAGAUCAAUGACACAGCAUGGACUGUGGAGGAGCAGUACUUUAACAGCACGCUGUCUCUGGCAGACAAAGGGGUCCUGACAGCUGGAGAGCACAACUUUCCCUUCCAGUUCCUGCUGCCAGCCUCUGCUCCUACAUCCUUCGAAGGGCCUUUUGGCAAGGUCCUCCAUCAGGUGAAGGCUGUGAUAGACACACCUCGCUUCUCCAAGGACUACAAGUGCAGCAGGAUUUUCUACAUUCUCUGCCCUCUCAACUUGAACGACAUCCCUGACAUUGAGCAGCCCAAUACUAUGUCAGUCACCAAGAAGUUCAACUACAAGCUUGUGAAAAGUGGCAACAUCAUCCUGACUGCCACCUCGGAUCUGAAAGGGUACAUCGUGGGCCAGGCCAUCCAGCUCCGCACCGACAUCGAGAACAAGUCGGGCCGGGACACGGGGGCUGUGGUAGCCAGUCUGCUCCAGAAAGUGGCUUAUAAAUCCAAGCGCUGGAUUUACGACCUGAGGACCAUCGCAGAGGUGGAAGGCUCAGGAGUGAAAGCCUGGAAAUACGCAGAGUGGAAGGAGCAGAUCCUCGUUCCAGCACUGCCCCAGUCCAUUCUGCAGGGCUGUAGCCUCAUCCAUAUUGACUACUACAUCCAAGUCUCCCUCAAGUCACCCGAGGUUUCAGUCACUCUCCCCAUUUACAUCGGUAACAUCGCUGUGAACAGGGUGCCCCUGAGCCCCUCCCGGCCCAUCCAGCACAUCCCAUCUGCAGUGGUACCCAGUGCCCCCCCGGAGGAAGAGGAGGCUGCCAGUGGUUAUCACUCCAUGGACAAUGUCUCAAUCCCCACCAAAAGCCAUUCCCAACAGCAGCCAUUUAGCUACGCCCCAGGACUGAGCUUCCAGGAGAUACGGGUGGACUCGGAGCAGACGGGCUCCCCAAACCACCCCACGCUCUGCCUGUCCACGGGGGCCACUGUCCCUUACUACGCUGAGGGGAACGUGGUGCCUGUCCCCACUGCCAGCUCCCUCAUUCUGCCUCCGGAGUACAGCACGUGGGGCUACCCCUAUGAGGCACCUCCAUCCUACGAGCAGAGCUGCAGCAGUGCCAACUCCAGCAUCAGCAACGGCAACUGACCUCCCCUGCUCUGAGUCCUGCUGGUGCUGCCCACCCCAGUGCCACGGUUCAGCUGCCUACACCGAGGUCUGGUACAGCACGAGGCGUCUCUUUGUCUCUCUGGCUGCUUGGUGGGGUAGAUGGCAUGGCCCAGCCUGGGCUUUUUAAGUCUCUUUCUAGGGAGGGGGGUGGGAAAACCAAAAAGUGCAGCCGGAGCAGCCUGUGUGUGCGUAGGAGAGGUCUGGGAAACUCAACUGCUGCUGCACCAAGUGCUGGAGAACUGGUUCAGCCCCAGGGAUGGCCUCUGCAGCAGCCUGUGUUUAAAGUACUGUAGUCAACACUAACUGCUUUACUAUCAAAGCACCUGCGAUGCCUUAUCUGAAAUGCUCCUGACUUGGCAUGUCUCCACUGUAGGUGAGGGCUGGGCUGGGUGGACUUUUCUCUUCUUUUUAGGGACUGUGUGCUCUCCAGAAGUGGUUUUGACAACCUUGUCCUCAUAGGUCCUAAGGGUAGCUGAAACAGGAGGUUUCCUGGAGUGAGCGGGUUCGGAAGGUCAGGGGCUCUUCAAGAGCCAAAAGCACAAGUCCUCACUGUACCUGUGCUGUGGGCUGAGGGACCUGCAGCCUUUGGUCCUCCCACAGCGUGUGGUGAGGGGAGAGCAGGCUGGGGCGCUCACUCCUCACCCAGGAGGCCCUGCUGAGCUGUGGGGGGAGCCCGGUGUGACCCUGGGGUGCCCAUCACCCAGCUUCUGGCCUUUCUCAGCAAAGGGUGACUCCUUCCUCUGGAAAGCCCUAUAGGAGACAAUCUGUCCUGGCUCGCUGUAGGCUGCAGCACCCGGGAUGAGCAGCACUCGUCAGGCUGCAGUCGUGGGACACCCCAGAUCCCUGUGUCCCACCUCCCACCCUGCAGGGUGCUCUCUCCAUCCCACCUGCCUUCAGCAGGCCAGAAUUCCAUGACUAUCAAGUUAGAAAAGUCCUGUCUGAUGCUACCUCUGAGUCCCUGCCCGUGGAAGCCCUUUCCUUUGGGAUUGACCCUCCCUGGAGGCUCAGCCUGGUGUCUCACAGGAGCACCCAGCGCUGCCGAGCCAGGGCAGGAGGGUGCUUGGCCUGGGGGCUGCUCUCUCGGUGCUGGUUGACCACUUGCCUCCUGAGCCGGCUCUUGAGCCACAGCAGGAUGCUAAAUGAGGGAGUGGGAACACAAAGUGCUGCACUCCUGGACCCGGCAGGUCAGGGGUGAAGCUGGAGGAUGGAAAACAACAUUUUUCUUCUGUGCUUCUCCCUCCUCACCUCCUUUUUUUUAAGCUUUUUUAGUAUGAACUGCCCAAGCUGAGGAAACCACAACCUUAGGCCACGGCUUGUGCAGAGCUUGGGUCCCUCUGAGCGCUGGUCUCAGACCGGGCAGUAUCUGACAAAGCUCUUGGGAGCAGCACAGCCUCGCCUCAGCCCCGCACACCCGCUGCAGCUGGGGACAAGCCCUGCUUUGCACUCUUCCUUUGCAAAUGCUUUUAGUUUGGUUCAUUUUAAGUGUUGAACUGCUUUAAGGAUAGAGUAGAGAAGGUGCCGUUCUGAGCAGUGCUGGCACAACACGCACCAGUGGUGAUAGAAUGAUUGUCAUUGUCCCUGAAUAUAUAUAUAUAUGAGAUGAAGUUUUGUUUUUAAUGAUUGAAUUCAGAAAUACAAAUUUUAAUGCUGUAUUUAAUAAAUUAUUCUAAGAGAAACGCUGUGCUUUUUCAUCCAUUGCUGAUGCUUAUCCAUGUGCCUCUUCACGCCAAACCCAGGGAUGCACCGUGCCGGUUUGUGACCAAGUGUGAAGCACGUUUUUGCUCUGGCCACAGAAGAUGGGGACUUCUGCUGACAACCAGCACGGUGCAGCCUGUACAGUGUCCCAAAGCCAUGGUUUGUAUAGAUGGGGUCCUGGGCCUCCUCUGCUGUCCAACAGGAGAGGUGUGCUGGUGGGGAGGGAUGGGAGCACAGGCUCUCCCUGCAGGAGGAUGCAGAUGGAGCAGGCAAGCCCUGGCUGGAGGGGCUGGACACCACCAGCCUCUGCCCUCUCUUAAAGAGCCAUUUGGAAUCAACGUGUUAAAAGUGGAAGAAGGUUCCUCCUCACACGCACAGUUCAGUGAUACCAUGGCUGAGGCAUGCAGGUGCUGAAUAAGCGUUGUCACUGCGAGUAGCCCGAGGUGUGAGCUGUGUCUCAGAUAUGAGGAAUGCUGCUUCACUCUCUGCUCAACUCAUGCUUCUGCCCAGCUUUUAUUAUUCCAGCCUCUCUCCUUUGCCUGCUGGUCUGUGCCUGCCAUGAAAAGCAUUCUUGAUACACAGGGGUCAAAGGCAGAAGCUUGAUCGUGAUGGUGCAUCUCUUCUCCAGUGCUCUUCCUCUUUCUCCCAGUUACCUGAACCUGUUUUGCCUGGCUCAGCCCGUAGCUCCCGUGGCCUUCCUUGCUGUCAGCAGUUCGUAUCCCUCCUUUCCUCAACCCCUUCCACACCUCUGAACAAAUCCCAGUGAGCUGUGAUGGCUUCUGGCUCUGCUGGCUUGGCCUCACAGGCUCCUGGCCCAGCUGGGGUCCAGGAGAAGCAGCUUGGGCUGGGACUGGGUUCCCGCUUCCUUGUUCUCCAUCCCUGGAGCUGAGCUGCUGGCAACGUGUCCUCUGCUGGAAAACUUGGAUGCUGUUUGGUUACUGUGGCCAGAGCCACUAGGAUGCCCUUUUAGACCCCCAGCCAUGUCUGUCCUCCUCAUUUAACCUCUGCAGUUGGGAAUGUACCAUUCAUGGUGGAGACCAUGGCGAGGAGAGGCCACAGUUGUAUCUCACAGAGCUCCUGUGGUGCCCUGUGUCUCUGCAGUGCUCCCCUGCUCCUGAGCUUGCUCUCCCAAAUCACAUUUACUACAGCCUGGUCCUUCAGCAUCUCUUGCUGUACAUGGAGACCCCUUGGCAAAGCAAGGAGCAAGUGGGUGCAUUGUUCUUCGCUGGUGAAGAGUGUCAUCUCUGCUGUGGAGGGAGCAGGAAGGAGUUGGAGCUGAACCUCAUGGUGGUCCUCAUUUUAGAUACUGAGGCUGGGCAGGCACAGCUCCCACAGGGAAAUGCCCCUCUCAGACCUGUGGGGAGCCUCUGGCUGGCGUGCAGCAGGUCCCCUCCUUGUUCAUGUUUCAUGGACCCCUUUGAAACGGGCCAGCACUGCAGGAUGGAGUUAGUCCAGCUCUUCAGCCUGCCUGCGGUGCUGGCCCCAGUCCUUGGGGUGUAACAUGCAUUGGGUGAACGCAACAGGGCAAACCCCAGUGUCUGGGUUUGUGUUCCCCUGGGAGAAGAACAGGCAAUUCCCCAUCCUCUGCCUCGCUGCUGUCCCUCUUCUUUGCAGCCUCUCCAGCUUCAACCUCUUAAGUCCUGGGGAGCUCCUGGAGGCCCUUGAUCAUCCCUCGGUCCAAACUCGGGAAUGAAGAGGGGAAAAAAGCCCAUUUUCCCAAACCCAGCUCUGGGUAUAAAGAACUCCAACCCAUAGGGAUUCAUUCAAAUUCCUGGCUCCACUUUUUAAGCAGUUGGAUUUGGUUGUGUUGCAAUGGGGAGGGGAAGCGGUGGGGCACAAGUGAGCCAGUGGUUUCCAAAUUCAGCAUUCCAUGGAAAAUACCAAAAAUAUCAUCUGCCUUUUUCGCUUUGCUGCUGCUGCUUUAUUGUCCUUGUCCUGCUCUCCUCAUGUGCUGCUUCCAUAUUUUGGGCAUUUUCAGUCUGUUUGUGUGCUGGUAAACUCCGCUUUGGCACCUGAUGUCCCACUGCCUGUGGCAGAUGGCAAAGGGGACACAGGGGAUGCAGAGGCUCUUUGUGUUGGACACUGACUCUCAGCUUUCCACUGAACCAACAUACUGUCUGCUAGGAAGUUUUCCUAUUGAGCCAGCACAAGAGAGGAGAUAAAGGAUGUUCUGGGCUCCCUUUGGGUUUUAUUCUCUAUUUUAAGACAUUAUUUCCAACGUUCUGCAGCAGGAAUGUCCCAUCCCUCCUCCCCAGGGAGGUAGCUGGGGGGUAAAACCCUCCACAUUUGGUGCCUGUUCUUGUACCCAUACCCAUGGCUGUAAUUCUUUACUCCUUUGGUUCUCUUUCCAGAUGUGGGGGUUUUAUACAGCAUUUGAUGGCUCCGUUCAAGCUCAGGCCUCUGUGCGAUUUGUUACUGGGUUUUGCAGUGUAAACCACCAGUUGUACAUGUUUACCACCGCUUCUGGGGACUAUUUUUGUCCUGGGUUUUAAACCACCAAAUGUAAAGAACUGGAAAAUGUAAAUAAAGAUCUUUUUUAAGCCCG